AUGUCGCAAGCUGGCGGAUCAUACAAUAACCCCUUGAAGAAGUUCAAGUUGGUGUUUCUAGGAGAACAGAGCGUCGGAAAGACCUCUUUAAUCACACGAUUCAUGUAUGAUUCUUUCGACAACAUGUAUCAAGCGACAAUUGGCAUUGAUUUCCUCUCCAAGACCAUGUACCUCGAGGACCGGACGGUGCGACUGCAGCUUUGGGAUACUGCUGGACAAGAACGAUUCCGAAGCUUGAUUCCUUCUUACAUCCGCGAUUCAAGCGUAGCUGUUGUUGUCUAUGACAUCUCUAACGCUAAGUCAUUUCAAAACACCAAGAAGUGGAUUGACGACGUACGAGCCGAGCGAGGUAACGAUGUUAUUAUUGUGCUGGUUGGAAACAAGACGGAUUUGAACGACAAGCGGGAAGUGACCACACAGCAGGGAGAAGAGGAGGCAAAGAAGAACAACCUCAUGUUUGUCGAGACAAGCGCAAAGCUGGGCCACAACGUCAAGAACCUGUUCAAGAGGAUAGCACAAGCCUUGCCUGGCAUGGAGGGAAGCGAUGCCGCGGCGCAAGCUUCCAACCAGAUGAUUGAUGUCAAGACGAACAACUCGCAGCAGUCGCAAGAAGGCUGCGCAUGCUAA